AUGGCCACCUUCUCCUUCCCAGAUCCUGACAGACGCCGCCUGCUCAUGUCUGAGGGUGAAGUUCCUGAGGUGAACCAGGCCUAUGCAAAAUCAGAACCAGAUGGCACUAUGAAGGGGGAAAGCCCGAAGCACAACACUGAUGCUUCAUCACAUACAACUAUCGACUAUGCGUUUCAGUCCGGCAUUUUCCUAGAUGAUACUUCAUCAAGCGCUCAGCAAGAGUUCAAAGAUCAGAUUUUGAAAUCUUUGGCAGGGUUGUUGCAAAAGUACGGAUCAGUUUCCAAGUUCUUGUCAUCACGUUUUGGCAGUCAAUCAGAAGCACAGCUCUUUGUCCAGCACCUGCAUGAAGUUUGCAGGGCAGGGCAUCCUGUGCACCAUGUCCAACAUGAGAAGCUUCCUGCUUUGCAAGCUGAGGGAUCUGGAAGCUUGACAAAGUCAGAGGUUUUGCAGUUGCCCUUGGCUGCCUUUAGCUUUGGGCCACAUUGCAGUGUCAAGUCAGAGCCAGAUCACAGUUCAUUCUUGGAUUUGGCUGAAUCCAUUUUGACAGAGGGCUUCAUAUCCAAGACAGAGCCGGUUGUCUGCAUGCAGUCUGGAGAGGUCAUUCAGGAUGCUGCGGAAGUUGGUACUACUGCUCCAUGGACAGGUUCUUUGAUUCCAUUUUCAGUCAAUGAAACCUUGGCAUCUUCAAUUGCUUCGAUCCAUGCGGUGGUGCUGGAGCACUCCUCUAAGCAGCAGGAACUCUUGUACAACUUCAGGGCUUCCAACCGAGGGUCUUUGUGCAAGCCGCCUUCCAUCCUGACGUGGGUGCAGAGUGUGAAACUUUUGAAGGCUCAAGGUGUUACUCUUGACCUUGUUCAAGUGAUCAAGAAAUUCAACACAGGCACAGUGGGCAAGCUUCAGCUGGUAGGUGCAAAAGCUGUCGCUGUGAAAAACCUCUUGGAGGUCAUGCCAGAGGAUGCAUUGCGAGUGAUUGAGGCCCACUGUCAGAAACUUGGCUGGCAGGGCUGUGUCUUUAGCGAUGAUGCUCUAGGGUCCAAGAAGACUCUGCCCACAUACAACUUCAGGCACAAUGUUGGAGGUAUGUGGGCAAAGUUGGGCAAGAUGUCGCCGGAACAACUUUGCUGCUUUUCAAGCAUGUGA